AGGGGAGGAGCGCGGAGCCCGCGCGCAGCCCGGCCCCGGCAGAAAGUUUUCCCUGACGGAGUUUUGGCGGCGGCGGCGGCCGGAGCGGCCAUGGACGCCCUCAAGUCCGCCGGGCGGGCGCUGAUCCGGAGCCCCAGCCUUGCGAAGCAGAGCUGGGGCGGCGGCGGCCGGCACCGGAAGCUGCCGGAGAACUGGACAGACACUCGGGAGACACUGCUGGAGGGGAUGCUCUUCACCCUCAAGUACCUGGGCAUGACGCUGGUGGAGCAGCCCAAGGGCGAGGAGCUGUCGGCUGCUGCUGUCAAGAGGAUUGUGGCCACGGCCAAGGCCAGUGGGAAGAAGCUGCAGAAAGUGACUCUCAAGGUGUCACCACGGGGAAUUAUCCUGACUGACAACAUCACCAACCAGCUCAUCGAGAAUGUGUCCAUUUACAGGAUCUCCUACUGCACAGCAGACAAGAUGCAUGACAAAGUGUUUGCAUACAUCGCGCAGAGCCAGCACAACGAGAAUCUCGAGUGCCACGCCUUUCUGUGCACCAAGCGGAAAAUGGCCCAAGCUGUCACCCUCACAGUAGCCCAGGCCUUCAAAGUUGCCUUUGAAUUUUGGCAGGUGUCCAAGGAAGAGAAGGAGAAAAGAGAAAAAGUGAGCCAAGAAGGAGGGGACGUCCUGGGUGGGGGCCACCACGACAGUGCCCCCGCGUUGAGGAGCCUGGUCGCCACUGGGAACCUGCUGGACUUGGAAGAGAUGGCCAAGGCCCCGCUGUCCACAGUCAGCGCUAAUACCACCAACAUGGAUGAGGCACCAUGGCCUCAAGCCUUGACCAGCAGCAGUGUUGUCUGGGAGCUGGAUGAUGGCCUGGAUGAAGCGUUUUCAAGGCUUGCCCAAUCUCGGACGAACCCUCAGGUUCUGGACACUGGACUGACGGCACAGGACAUCCAUUAUACCCAGUGCCUCUCGCCUGUCGACUGGGACAAGCCUGACAGCAGCGGAGCCGAGCACGAUGACCUCUUCAGCUUCUGAGGCCCUGGGCGCUGGCAGGAUGCGUGACGGACCAAAGCCACUUGUGGCAUGGGGGUCAGCUCCAGGACCCCAAGCUGCCCUCUUCCGGUCAGCAUAGCUGUCAGCCUGCCUGCUGAUAAAGCUGUGGCCAGUCAAGCAGGGGGAUGGAGAGGUUUUUUUUUAAACCCCACUCUUUCUCUAAAAACUGAAAGAUGCCUUGAAUAUUUAUUCAGUGACUCUGGUUCAGCUCGGAAGCUGGUUUUGCAUCAGGCACGAGCAUAGUGUUCUGACCAGCUUCCUGCGCUCUCCUGAGCAAGUUCUGCUCUGCUGUGGGUGUCAGUACAACGAACCAAAGUAUUUUGUCCCUUCUCUCUCUCUGAGGACCCAGAUUUCCCUGAGGCUCCCCUGCUUCUCACUGACAGCCAGAUCAUUCAUCUCUGUCAUCUUUGGAGCACAGGAGAGCACCCCAGCUUCAGGAGAGCAAGCAUCCUCAGGCCUUCCGGAGCCCCUGGCCCUGGGGGCUUGGAGACAGAGGGGUGACGCCUGACCAAAGACAGUACAUUAAAGCACUUUAAAGCAUACACAGCAGGUGUGGCCCCCAGGGGCUCCCCGAUGGUGCUGCAUUGCACAGAGCUUUCUGCCCCGCCAUGAGAAAGGGCCCCAAGUUCCUGUGGAUGACCCCAUCAUGCUCGGAACCAGUGUAACUGGCUGCCCAUGGACCCUCAGAGUCUGCGACAGUGGGAGUCGUCUGUAUGUGACUGCCCUGCGCUGGGGGUCCCCCACCCCUUCCUUCUCCCCCCAGACGAGGAGGCUGUGCCCAUUCUUCUGUUUGUCUGUGUGUCUGUGUGGGAAUGCCCCUGAGCCCCACCUCCCAGGACUUCCUGGGGUAAUGAGUGAAACCCCAACACCUAAGAAUAUUUUGUUGCCAUUUUACAGAUGAAGACACCAAGGCCCCAGGUGGAAGGGGUGGCGUCGAAUGGAACCAGGUCUGGAGCCAAAGCUGCCUUCUCACUCCACCUCCCACAGCUCACAACUCCUUUUUUUCAAGCUUUGUUGUCCUCCCAGGAACCAAAAAACCCCAGCUAUUUUCUGACCAAAAUGUGUUUCAUAACAAACCAUCUGGUGCCUUUCUAUGCAGAGCUGGCACGCGCCUCUGUGCCCUGCUAGCUGUCUUGCUGCUGGUUUCUGUGAAAAUGGAAGUGUUUGAUGCUAAUUCAGAGGUAAAACAAAACCAAACUCCAGAAGCAUCACGCAAUUCUGUCCGGACACUUGACCCUGAGCCAGGCCAUGCCAGCAGCAGUCUGUUCUCAGUCUCCCUUCUUCCCCGUUCAUCCCACGGGUGUCCUAGCAUCCUGAAACCGAGCAAGCUGCCAGCACCUUCCUCCUGAGGUGCCUCCCAGGCCCGGCUUUGCUAAACUUGAGUCACUGAUGCUAGUUGGAGCAGGUUUCACUAGCCCAGGAAUCGCACCACAUCUCCUAGAAUCUACUUGUCUAAGUGCUUGAAUGGGAGCACAAAGAAGUGCCUGGGGAGGAGAGGGGUGGUAUUUGUAGGGGUCUUUAUCAGAAGAUGGGGAGAAUUCCUUUCCCUGCCCAGCUCCUGUACCCCCAGUGCCAACCCCAGACCUUCUUGGUAUCAGCUCCCAUGUCUGUUAUGAGGCAGCACAGGUUGGGUCUGACAUAGGCCAUCCUUGGCACAAGGGUCCAGUGGGCCUGAGGAAGGCUGUGCUGUGUGAGUUGACUUGCGGCCUGUGUCUCGGUCCCUGGCUGACAAGCAGUCGGUGUGCUCCCUGUAUGUCUACUGAUACGUUGUGUUGUACUUCACUGUGUUGCUGUAAAGGAAGUUCUAAUGAGGAAAGAAUAAUAAACAUUCUCUUUGAAAUACAAA